AAUCAACUGCUGAAAGUCAACCAAUAUCAAUCAAUUAAUCGCUCAUCAUGGCCGAACGAGUUGGAGGACCCUUGAACUUGUACAUGUUUGUGUUGCACACUGGCCUGCUGAUGUCAUUCUUUAUUAUGAGCGGCAUUAUGCAAUGGAUGCUCCUUUGCAUAUACAUGAAGCAUGGACAUAUCGUGUACACGAUGAUUUUAUUCUUCGCCGCUCUGUUGCUGCUCACCUGCAUACACUUUAGCGAGUUCCUCAAGUACGGCAAGCCAUGGAACUACAUCGCCAUUCUCAGUUGCUACGAACUAUUGACCCUGGGAGUCACUAGCUUCAUUGUGGACAGUAGCGCUGGCGCCGCGAUAGGUGUCAUUAUGGGUGCAAUUUUAGUCUGGAGUGCAAUUCUGGCGGGAUGCUAUGCCAUCAUUCGUUUUGUCAAGUAUCCCAAUCCCUACAUAUUGGGCGGCGCUGGCGUUGUGGGUCUGAUGAUCUCCAUUACCAUGGUGGCCGUCGAUCAGGUCCUGGAUUCCAGGGUUUGCGGGGAAAUAGCCCUGUUCAUUGUGUUGCUAAGUGUUAUCACCAUGCUGGUCUCCCAUGUGCUGAUGACCUACGACAGCAGAGACGUACUCACGAAGGCGCUACAAAUACGUGGAAUGUACUACAGAAGUCACUGUGAAGCGCGCAAUCGAGGCUACAGAGGCGGUAACAUAUUUCUACAAACCUGCAUGGGAAAUUGAUUGACGUGUUGGAAUGCUGCAACGCCCACCUACCCACCCAUCGUUCAACAAUGAUGCCGUGGAGAUUCUCUUUAUUUGGUACAGCACAUGAAUCAUCAUCUAGCCUCAAUCACGUCCCUGACUCAUAAUACCUACGUGACUUGCGAUCUGAGUUCGAUUUCUGUUUGUGGAAGUCCCCCAUAUUUUUGACAGAUAAUAUACGUACUUGGUUUCAUAAACCUUUC